GUAUCUUUAGUAUCGCACUACAAGUAGUAUCGCACACGCAUCGCAUCAAUUAUGCAUUUUCACGAGAGGACAUGAUCCUUUGUCCCCGGCGACGCGCGCCGCGUACUCGCGAUCGACACGACGAUCGCCGGCGAGAGGAUGCUGCGCGCCGAGAAAAUUCGCCGACAAUUUUUGCGCGAUUCGCGCUCGAGAAAUCGCCGCGCAAGCACUUCUGCGAUCGAUGAUCCGGACGGGGAACUGAUUUCAUGCGCGUGCGAAUGAUAUCGCGAAUAUUUUCAUCAUGAAAUAUGCCUCAACGUGUAUGGUAUAAUAAUUACAUAUAAUAAUGACACAGCGUAUAACAAUAUAGUGUUACAUGUUUAUAACGUUACAGCGUUACGAAAUAAGAAACUCUUGUAACAAGAGAUGAAAUAAAAGAUUUUUCCGAGCGAAAACUUGAGCGCGACAUUAAUCAUCUCGGUAUUUGAGCCGUAAAUUAAAAUUUUAAUUUACAGAGAACGGAAGAAAAAAAAUAAUGGAAGAUUCAAAUAUAUAUAUAAGAAAAUUUUAUACAUUUGAAAUAAUUUCCAACUGUAUAUCUCGUUGUUCCAAAUUUUUUUACUAAAUAUUUUAAUCUUUUUACUGUGGAAGAAUUUAUCGAUAUCGAAAUCUGUUGCUUAUCUUUGUGUUUCUUUUAUACGUAUAUUAAUCGUCAACUUCCACGCAACGUGCUAGAACGCUUAGCCACAUCGGUGUGAUAAACCGACAAGCGCGGACUGUGAUAACAAGCCUAUCAGUGUUAAUAGUCGAUUAAUAAUUCUGUGAAGCACAUCGCGCAAAUUGCUGUGAAAAGGAAAUGGGAACCACUGUAUGUAUAGUUAUCAAUAUCCGUGUAUUUUGUCAAUUUCGAUAAGUUCGAUGGAUUGUCAGCUGAGAAUACCUUUUCCGGAAUUCUGCUCGGUUAUCGCUCGUAAUUUUAUUUAUAUUACGUCUCGAAGAAUGCGUUAUGGUUUUCGCAGGUGUGCGUUUUUUGGCGUAUCUGAUGCAACACGUAUCUGGGACCCGUAAGACUUAGGUGGGCACAAUGGCGUGGAAGCGGAAGAUUUCGCGGUGAUUAAAUUUGAAAAAAAAUGUUUAUAAUGUAUCCAACAUUUCUGUGCGUCAAAAUUAUUUUUAUGAAGAAAUUACUUCGAAAUAUAAUCUCAAAUUAUAAAAAUUUACAUUUGACGUUUUCGAAGAGUGAAUCCGUCGACAUUUUUAUUAUUCAUCUUUUUUCUCGUCGAAUGUCUUGGCAAACAUAAAUAUUUGCGGAAACAACAAGAAACUAACGUCGACGCAGUAAAAAUCUACGAAAUGUUCUAAACUGCGAACUUGGAAUAAAUUGAUUUCGAUUGAUUAUUUGUGUUUCUUAUCGCAUUAAAAAAAUAAAAUAAAAAGAUUGACAGAGUGUCGAUAUAAAAAAGAUUCGCUGGAAAAACUAAUCAAGGUAUAAUUAAAUAUUUCCUAUUUUCGCGUUUAUUCGAACCGUUAAAGACGCGGGGGAAGGAGGGAGGAAAAAGAUAUUUGACACGUGGUAGAGAGUUUGCGAGAUAGAGAUUUUGGAGCCGAUGCCGGUAGGGCGGUACUGCUCCGACACUAUUUCGGAGCGGUCGUGUCCGCGCCACUGGACGCGCGCUACUGCGAGCGUCGCGUCAGUUCGAUCGCCGACGGAGGAUCGCGCGGAGGGUAGAGGCAGUGGUGAAUGCGACGUGUACUCGGCGCAAACGCGCGAACGCGUGGAAGAGAUAGCGCAGUGAAAUAGCGAGCGACCGUCCGGCUCCAUAUCGUCAGUGUUAACGUGGACCGGCACGGCAGCCUCGCACGUGUGUCCGUCGUGUGAACGUUCCCUCUUGCCACGUGGUGCUAAAAGAACGCGCCUGCUUUUUUUUUCACAUUUUUUCCCAUUUUUUCUCCGUCAUCUUUCAUUCUUCGAACUUGGCUCUUUUCCCGCCUGUCCACGUGGUACGGUGAUGCUCACGCGGCAAGUCAUACAUUCACGUUAUUCCGAUAUUGCGAACAAUCGCGCGGGAACGCGUGUGAUAUUCGUGCGCGCCAGUUUCGGGGAACGUAGGUGUAGGUAGACGCGGUGCACGUGCGAGAGGAUGCCAGACAAGGUAGCACCGGUGGAGAAGAUGGUCCCGCGACCCAUCGCGGGACCCGACAGCGGCAGCGAGGGUAUUAAAUUGCAGAAGGAAUUAGGCCUGUGGGACGGCGUGGCGAUCAUCGUCGGCAUCAUCGUCGGCGCCGGUAUUUUCGUGUCGCCCAAGGGUGUGCUUCUGAACAGCGGUAGUGUCGGUCAGGCCCUUUUCGUCUGGAUCUUUUCCGGGAUCCUGUCGCUCAUUGGGGCUCUAUGUUACGCCGAGUUAGGUACGAUGAUUCCUAGAUCCGGUGGUGAUUACGCGUAUAUAAGCGACGCUUUCGGACCUUUGCCAGCAUUCCUCUAUCUCUGGGUGGCGUUAUUCAUCCUGGUACCAACGGGGAAUGCUAUCACGGCGCUCACGUUCGCGCAAUACAUUCUGCAACCUGUAUGGCCCGGAUGCGAACCGCCGUAUGAAGCGGUGCGACUCCUCGCUGCUGUGAUCACGUGUUUACUGACCGCCAUCAAUUGUUACAAUGUCAAAUGGGCGACCAGGGUGCAAGACUUUUUCACCGCUACCAAAAUUUUCGCUCUGCUGAUCAUCAUAGGAGCGGGUCUGGUGUGGCUUUGUCAAGGCCACGUGGAGAACUUUCAACGUCCAAUGGCUGGCACCAACACCCAGCCCGGUUAUGUCGCCCUCGCGAUCUAUUCCGGAUUGUUUUCUUAUUCGGGGUGGAAUUACCUCAACUUUGUGACGGAGGAACUAAAAGAUCCUUACAAAAAUCUUCCAAAGGCUAUUUGUAUAUCAUUGCCAGUAGUAACAGUGAUAUACGUUUUCGCGAACAUCGCGUAUUUCGUUGUACUCACACAGGAUGAAAUACUUGCAUCGAAUGCUGUCGCUGUUACCUUCGGCGAUAAAUUGCUGGGCGUUAUGUCAUGGAUUAUACCAUUCUUCGUGGCGUGUUCGACUUUCGGAGCAUUGAACGGCGCAAUCUUUGCGUCGUCCAGGUUGUUCUUUGUCGGCGCCCGAAACGGACAUCUCCCUACUGCCAUUGCUUUGAUUAAUGUCCGCAACUUGACGCCAAUGCCAUCCCUUAUCUUCCUCUGCCUUAUCACCCUGAUGCUCCUCAUCAUAAAGGAUGUCUACGUACUGAUAAAUUAUGUCAGCUUCGUUGAGGCUCUAUUUACCACGCUUUCGGUGUCUGGUUUAUUGUGGCUACGUUACAAACAGCCUGAUCUCCAUCGUCCCAUAAAGGUUUUCAUACUUUUACCAAUCAUCUUUUUCAUAAUUUGCGUAUUUCUGGUCAUUUUUCCGUGCUACGUUUCACCAUGGGAAGUUGGCGUAGGCAUAAUCAUAAUCCUGUCUGGAAUUCCCAUGUAUUGGAUCUUCAUCGAUUGGAAAGCGAAACCCGCGUGGCUCGUAAAUGGAUCCUAUAAUUUCAACAUGAUGUGUGCUAAGUUGUUUUUGUGUGUACAAGAAGAUAAAAACGAGUGAAGUACGUGAAAAUAGUUGUUAUUAUUGUCAAAUAUUCUGAACUAUGGUGCCUGAAUUCGAGAAUGCGUUUCAAGCAUGCGUCGUACUUUUUUAGGUAGGUAAAUUAAAAUUAUAAUCGUGAUCAUAAUGUCAAUUACAAUGUCGAACUUUGUCGAACAGCUGCAUUAUUAUAUAAAUUAAGUUAACGACAAUGCGCGCAUAUGAAUGACACAGCGGUCGCUAACGUAGAUUUGUGAUUUUUAUAUUUUAUAUAUUUGCACAAUAUAAAUUAUAAUUUUUAUAUAUUCGUAAUUAUGUAUCUUAUCGCUUUGUGUCUGAAACGAUAUUGCUAUAGUCAAUCUUGGCGCAUAAAUUGUAUGUUGAUUAUUGUUGUAUUAAUAUCGAUUAUUAACUGUGUAUACAAGAAUUUCGAUAUUAUACACGUUUAAGAUAAUUAUCUUAAACGUGAAAAUGCGUCCCACAUUUUUGUUUACCAUUUUAGAGUACAUAGCUAUAAUAAUACAAUUAGAUUUAUACACAAAAUAUAGGGAAAAUAUGGGAAAUUUAGAAAAAUCGUUGAAUUGUAUCAAAAAAAUUUAUAAUUUGGGUGAGUUUAAUUUCUUUGUCUUGUAGAAUUUUAUAUCAAUUUUUACAUUUAUUCGCGGAGAUGAAGACUAUCAUCACACAUGGCAUUUAUAUCUCAAUUUAGCGAAAUGAGAGAGGUAUUGGUUUUAAUCACCAAAUUGUACAUAUAUAUAGCGAAAAAUAAUAUAAACUCUUUGUAUACUACGUACAUAAGUCUAUAGUUUCAAAUUAUAUACAUAAAUAUAUAGUUAUAACUUAUAGUUAGACUAUAGUUACAUUAAUAACUUAAAGUUAUUAACUAUAUAAAUAGGUAUAUAGCUCCAAAAAUAAAAAUAUGCAAAGAGUGUAUAAAGAAAUCUGCUUUGAUUGUAUAUAUACAGCGCAUUUAUAUAUAAUUUUGAUAAUUGUUUAUCAAUUAUGAGAAUUUUUAUUUUGGCUUUAUUAUUACAUUAAACUUUUAGAUAUAUCUUUUUCAUUAUUAUAUACAAAUAUUAUAUGUACACUCAUAAAAACAUUUUAUUUUUUCCAAUGGAAAAAAUUCUAAAGAUUUUUCUUACUUUACAAUGUAUUUAUCUUCUGUAUGUUUCGAGUAAGCUAUCUUGUAUACGAUGUUACUUGAUCAUUAAUACGUUCAUUAAUUCUAGUGUAAGAAAUAAAUUAUAUUAAUUUUGUAUCAACAGUAUAAAACUAAAAACAAUAUCAGGGAUGACAAAAUAACGUUUGAAAAAAAGACGAAACGUUUAUAUAUCAUAAGAAUUUUAUCGCAUCCUAAGCGUGAGUAAUAUCUGCGCUUUUAGAUAUUGUGACUGUGAAUAAUAUAUUAAGUAUCAUUUAUGCUUAUAUAUUCUAAUCGAAUAACUGCUCAAGUACCAAUAGGACGUUUUCAUCAUGAAAUAAAGUACAUUCAAGAAUGACUAAUUGUGUGUCUUGUACGCAAGCAAACAGAUUACAUUUUCUGUAAAACAGAAGACAAUAGAAUAUUGUACAAAAUACGAAUUAAAUUAAGAAUUAAAUUAUUUCGAUCAUUGUAAUAAAUAUUAAAGCAGUACAUCUUUUAAGGGAAACUACAUAGAAAUAUAAUAACAAUUUUUGAAUAUUAACUUUAUUUCAACAGAUUUGAUAAAACGGUGUUGUAAAAAUCGCUUUAAAGUAUAAUAACUUGCAAUUAUAAUUUAUAAGCUGCUAACGCAGAAAUAAAGGAGAGAUUCGUAUU